UUGAUUGUUUUGAAGAUUGAACCGUCAAAAGUACCAGGAAAACCGGGUAAAGCUAGUAAAAGCGAGAAAGCUAUGGAAACAGUGUGAGAGGAGGUGAAAAGAAAGUAACAACCGUCGAGCAUAAGUACCUCUAGAGACAGUAAAGUCUCAGUGCUUCUGAGUUAAAGACUAGUGAAAUCUAGAGCGAUAUGGAAACUGAGGAAGAUUUUUUUCGGAUUUUUUUCGGAUUGGAUUGUACCGGGACUGUUGAGGAGAUGCGAAGAAGGAUAGUGAGAUUCAUUAGAGAAGGACAGGUGAGUCCUCAGCCGGUCUCAAAGCCUUUUGGAUUUCCUGGAAAUAGUGCUGUUGUACCGACAGUGAGCUCUACAGCCACCCUGACCACUACGACAGUGACAACUACAGUGACAGCAACCUCGAGUGGAUACAUUGCUGGACGUGUAGUGCCUUCUCCGGUGGUCUAUACUUCUACUUCACAGCCUGUCCCUCUGCCGAUAAAUCCAGGUAUGUCAAAUAGUUUUAAUACUAAUCCUAUACAAGUUUACAAAUGGGGGGUGACAUUUAAUGGUCGCUCGGACCCUGUAACAUUCUUAGAGAGACUGGAAGAAAUUUGUAUAGCACAGAAUAUACAUCCGGAUCGUUUAUUGCCACAUUUGCCAGAAGUUUUGCAAGGAGAAGCUGCGCUCUGGUACCGCAAUAACCGAGUAAAUUACAGGACCUGGGAAGAAUUUACUGGAGAAUUUAAAAUUUUUUAUUAUCCAGUAAAUUAUGAGGUGGACCUAGAGGCGAAGAUAAGUCGUCGAGUGCAAAGACAUAACGAGUCUGUCACGGCGUACAUCACUGAUCUUCAAACGUUGAUCCGCAGACAUGGCAGCAUCUCUCUGAAUCAAGAAUUGCAGUGGUUGUACAGAAAUUUGUUACCUGAAUUUCGUCAGUAUGUCCGAAGAGGAGAUUUUCACGAUAUUUCAUCGUUCUCAAGAAUAACCAAGGAGUUUGAACUGCUUAAUCAGGAACUGCAGCGAUCGUCCCGUACUUAUGCACCGUCCGAUGUCGAAGCCCGACCGAAUAAUACGCCUCGGCGAGACAGGCUGGAAAAUGAGCAUGCUGGAGCCAGGAGCAACCUGAUGGUUAUCCAGAGCCAAUCGCCGUCUCAGAGUAAACAGAGACAUGUGUCUGUUACUCCCCGUGUUUCAAGAUAUCCGUAUAGAGCGCCGAACUCUGCAAAACAGACUUCAGAAGCAAUCUGUUGGAGAUGUGGACAGACAGGACACUUCCGCAGACAGUGCACAUCCGAGCCCAAAAUCUUUUGUUCCCGAUGCAAAAAGACAGGUGUUCUUUCUAGGAAUUGUCCAUGUGUGAGCCCAAGAAAGCGGGAACCAAACCGCACAGAAAUAUCCCAGGAACAACAUUAUUCACCAACGGAGAUUGUUGAAGAAUUACCACAAAUCAUACGUCAAGAAAUUCGUCCUGUUGUGAAGAUUCGCUACCGGAACACCGACUAUUUGGCACUCCUGGAUACUGGAGCUGCCCAUUCCUAUAUUGGAAAGAAAUUGACAGAACAGUGCCAAACUUCCAAGGCAAUUCCUGUCAAACCCACGGUAAAAGGAGCGAGACUUGCUAAUGGUGCCACGGAGUCCAUUAGCACAGCAUUUAGGAUGAAAAUCCAAGUAGGAGAGCAGUCUCUGAAUGAGGUUUUCCACAGUCUAAAAGACUUAGUUUCGGAUAUGAUUAUUGGUAUGGAUAUUCUGGGCAAACAUGACUUCCAGAUUGAUUUACGAACCCGACAGAUCCGAUUGAAUGCUAAGUUGAUCCGAAGCUCCGCCGAAGGUUUACAAGUAAACCCGAAGAAAAAUGUUGAACAAACAACCGAGAAGUUGAGGAAAGGUCAACGUCAAGCAUCCGUUUCUAAAGGCAGUCGCCUUCCGAUAAAAACGAGUCUACAAAGCCCUGUAGAAGUGUUCCGCAGACGUCAAACCAACAAGUUUUCUGACUCCAAAGAUGUAUUGCUUAAAAACUCUGAUCGAGUUCCGGUGGAGAAGAAUGUGUGCUGGCGAUGUGGAAUUCCCGGACACCUACGUGGUGUAUGUCAAAGAAGAUUUCUUUUGUUCUGUUCCAGAUGUGGAACACUCGGCGUGCGAUCACAGGAUUGCAAAUGUAGAUGUAUACCAUCCCGUUCAAAUCACUCCGAAUCCUGGGCUGAUGGAUGUUGGUUAAGAGGAGGAUCAACAGUCAUCUAAACAGUAUCUAAAAAAAAAAACCGUCCCGACUGAUGAAGUUGUAGAACUGAUGUUAUUUUGAAUUUUUCAGACUAUAACGACUCAUGACUCAUGACUCACUGCCAGGACCUAUCUGCAAGCCACACUGACGCUAGCCAACUCCCCCACAUUCCCAUGUGUCUGGAAGCCAGUCUAGGCGGAGACAGCAACAACUUGCCAGGGAAGAAGUGAAGAAGUGACAUGCAGAAAAACCCGAUGUCCUGGCCCGUCUGAAAACCAACGCCGGACGUCCAGCAACAGGAGUCUGUCGUCACAAUGUCCUCAGUCUACAAGUCAUCAGAUUCUAAGUUUUCAUUUCUUGUUUACUUUCUUUAAGGGGUUUGCUUUUCUUUAAAAAAAAAGGGGCGACAAGUUAUAUCUUUUGAUAGUUAAAGUAAAAAAAAGGGAGUUGAUUUAUAUCUUUUGAUAGGUAAAGAAAAUAAAAGAGUAUUGCGCGAUUUUAAGUCUCUAUGUUAUGUCUACGGGGUUUGGUCCUGGUUAGUUUAAAAAAAAAAAAAAAAAAAAAUUAAAUCGAAAAGGGAAACAGAAAGAGGGUUGAGAAGCUUUACUUGUUGUUUAAGGGAAUUUUGUAGUAUCUCUCAUCUGGUCGUUUUUUUUUAAAUAUGAAAUUAUAUUACGACCAAUUGUUCUGCGUGCCUGAAGAGUUGAACUAAUUCAGUUGUGCUAUAGGUGUACGGGUCUCCAUGACUGAGCCAUUUGCAGGACCAUUCAACACCGUUGGACCAGGAGGGACUCGCCGAAGCCUUAAACACCGUUGGACCAAGAGGGACUCACCGAAGCUCUCAACGCCGCUGGACAACGAGGGACUCACCGAAGCUCUCAACGCCGCUGGACAACUCACCGAAGCCGCAAACACCGUUGGAGCAAGCUCGACACGUCGAAGCUCUAGACACCGCCGAAGGAAGAUCUUCAAGUUGAAGAAGACCGAAGAUAUUGCGUAAUUUAGUUAAGUUUUGCAUUUUGAAAAUAAACAUUUGAUUUUG